GGGGUAUCCAAGAGAGAUUUUGUCCUUGAUGAAACGUUUUAGCGUAUAAAGUAAGCUGCGUGGUCGUUCGUAGGGCCAGAGCGAGUCGAGACAUCGUUCUCGUUGGUGCGAGGAGUGCGAAAAACGAGGAAAUAUCCAAAAAUCAAUAAAAUGACAACAAUAAUAGAAGAAAAAAGGAUCAGCGUGCCCCGUCACGAGGGCGUAUUGCCCGAAGAAUUUGAGAAGAAUCAAAGUCUCGAAGUUCUCGACGACGUGUUGAAAGUUCAGUCGAUCAUUGGUGACAAAAGGCCUUCCAAAGUUUUCAUGGAUAAUUCAGAAACGUUGUCGGAGUCCUCUUAUCGGAGCGCACCCUCGAGAGAACAUCACGAAAAAUUGCUCCGCGAUUUCUUCGAGAUAGUCCUCGACGAAGCUGUUUUCAAGGGUACCUCUCGCGGAGGCAAGGUCGUCGAAUGGGUUGAUCCAUCGGAAUUGCGUGAUCUCGUAGAUCUCGAAGUCCCAAAAUCUGGAGUAUCCCACGAGGAUUUACUGCAGCUGGCGCGUAAGGUUGUGAAAUACAGUGUGAAAACAGGACAUCCCCACUUCGUGAACCAAUUAUAUUCGAGUGUGGAUCCUUACGGUUUGAUGGGUCAAUGGUUGACGGACGCAUUGAAUCCGUCGGUGUACACGUACGAAGUAUCGCCCGUAUUUUCAUUGAUGGAGGAAGAAGUACUUGGAGAAAUGCGUCGAAUAAUCGGUUGGCCGGAAGGCAGGGGCGACGGGAUAUUUUGUCCAGGCGGUUCGAUGGCGAACGGCUACGCGAUCAAUUUAGCGCGACAUAAAAAGUGUCCAAACAUCAAGGAAACCGGUUUGUCCGAUUUGUCGAGGCUGGUUGUUUUCACGUCGGAAGACGCUCAUUACUCGGUCAAGAAAUUGGCAGCUUUCUUGGGCAUCGGUACGAACAACGUUGUCUGCGUCGACGUUGACGAUCGGGGAAAAAUGUUGACGAGCGAUCUCGAAGCAAAAAUCGCUCGCGUUCUCGAAGAGGGAGCCGUCCCGUUGAUGGUUUCGGCAACUGCAGGAACAACCGUUUUGGGCGCGUUCGAUCCGCUUCGUGAAAUUGAUCAAAUAUGCCGAAAGUAUUCAAUGUGGUUCCACGUCGAUGCUGCUUGGGGCGGCGGUGCCCUCGUCUCCGCGAAGUAUCGACAUCUUCUCGAUGGCAUCGAACUCGCUGACUCAGUGACCUGGAAUCCACACAAAUUAUUAGCAGCGCCACAACAAUGCUCGACUCUCCUCGUUCGCCACGAAAAAUUGCUUGAAUCGGCUCACAGCUCGAGAGCGAGUUAUCUCUUUCAACCCGACAAAUUUUACGAUACCUCGUACGAUUCCGGCGACAAACACAUCCAGUGCGGAAGGAGAGCUGACGUUUUGAAAUUUUGGUUCAUGUGGAAAGCGAAGGGCACGAUCGGCUUGGAAAAACACGUUGACAAAGUUUUUCAACUCUCGGAAUACUUUACGAAUCUCGUACGCAAUCGACCUGGUUGGCAAUUGUUGCAAGAACCCGAAUGCACCAAUGUCUGUUUCUGGUACGUUCCCGUAGCCAAACGACACUUGAAAGACGAACAACUCACUGAAGCUCUUCACAAAAUUGCUCCUGUCGUUAAGGAGCGCAUGGUGCGAAAUGGCAGCAUGCUCGUCACUUAUCAACCCCUUCGAGGGCGUCCCAACUUCUUCAGACUCGUACUCCAAAAUUCUUCCCUCACCGAAAGUGAUAUGAGGUAUUUCGUCGAGGAAAUCGAGAGGCUUUCCAACGAUGCCUAAACUCGGUGACUCAUGUAUAAACAAAAUAAUUCAUUGUAAAUUAGUUCGUUGAUAUGAAGUGUUGAUUUUAUUAAAGUCCAAGUCGUUGAAUCCCAACGAAAUUCUUUUUUGCUCAUUUUUAUAAUUUUUCAAACUAUCAAUUGAAAUUUUUUAAUAUCCUUACGAAAAGCAACGUUCAAUUUAUUUUUAAGAUCUAAGAAAACGACGACGAUUACAAAAAUCAGAGUACUGUAGUGACAACAAUGUUAGCGAAAACUCCAACAAAUUGCACGUAGUUUUGUUUUACAGCAGAAAAUGAUUAUCUCUUACAUAGAUUUUUUUUCCCCGAAAGCAAAAAGAAAAGCAAUUUUUCUCAUUACAGCGACUACACUAAAGAAUUAAGGUUUAUAAUUAAUUAAUAAAGAUAUUAUUGAUCUGUGUGUAAAUUCGAUGUAUUAAUUUAUACGUAUUGAUGUCAAAUGUUGAAUUAAACGAUAUCGAGAAAGUAAACGUAAAAAUCGACAUGAGCUUUAACAAAUAAAGACAGUUUUUAGAAUUAA